GAGAGUAGGCACGUGACGUCACAGCCGCAGGGGGGAUGAAUCUACAUCCGUUUCGUUUUCGGGUUCCGGUGUAACGGAGUCAACGGAGUUGCGUGUGUGUGUUGUAGCGUGUGCCGUCGGCAAGAUUUUGAUCGCUGGUGUCAGAGCGAAAUCGGCGUGUUCGUGGGGCCUCACGGUACGGUGAAUCGCGACCAGAUCGGCUCGUCAAGGGACAGCCAGGCCUCCCCCAUCUCCCGAACCCUUCGAAGCCUCACGCCGGGCCGUGGUUUUGUGGUGUGUGACGCCAGGGAGUGUCGAACCUCGCAAGCAUUCUAACCUCACGUGGCGGUCCCCGACGCAGCGCAGCGGCUGAACGAGAGAAAUGGCGGCUUCGGUGCAAGACGGCCCUACGAACCGCAGUGAGCUCGAGAUGCUCCAGAUGAGGGCCAAUCAGGAGACGGACGAGUCACUGGAGCGAACCCGGAAUAUGAUAUCAUUAUGUGACGAGAGCAAGGAAGCCGGGAUUCGAACUUUAGUGGCUCUGGACGAGCAAGGAGAACAACUGGACCGAAUCGAGGAAGACAUGGACAAGAUCAACGCGGACAUGAAGGAAGCCGAGAAGAAUCUCACCGGCAUGGAGAAAUGCUGCGGCAUCUGCGUCUGCCCCUGCCAGAACCCCUACGAAGCGGGCAAGGAGUUCAAGGAGGACGCCAGCACGUGGAAGGCGAACGAAGACGGCAAGGUGGUGAAUAGUCAGCCUGCGAGGGUAAUGGACGACCGCAACGGGGCCGGACCAACCAGCGGAUACAUCGCCAGGAUCACCAACGACGAUCGGGAGAAUGAGAUGGAAGACAACAUGGUUCAGGUGUCCACCAUGAUCGGGAACUUGCGCAAUAUGGCUAUCGACAUGGGCAGCGAGAUUGAAUCGCAAAAUCGGCAGAUCGACAGGAUCAACCAGAAGGGGGCGUCGAACGUGGUCCGCGUCAAGGUGGCUCAGGAUAGGACGGCUAAGCUCAUGAAGAGCUGAAAGAAUUCGACGGCAGACCAAGGCACUCGCGACGCGCGAGGGCCGAUGAUUCUCCUGAUUUUAUAUCCUCCGGGUUUCUUUAGGUGUCCUUUGGGGACCUCCUUUCACUCGCACCUUGUACAUGUUUUUUUUUUUUUUGUUUGAGCGCGAAAUUAUUAAUGCGAGUGGAGGAAACAAAAGGUUCACGAGUGAUUUUUAGUAACCAAUACAUAGAACUAAGGAAUGGGCGAUCCCUUGAGAUCGCCCACCCCAUUUUUUCUCUCAAUUUUUUAACUCUCCCAUUUGUAUUUUCGCAGUAAUCUUUUAAUGGCACCCAGUUCACCGAAACAAUUCUUCCACAAAUCCCAGGGUAUUUUCUGAAUUUAAAAGGGGGAAAAGAAUAAACACGAAAGGCAGAAAACAAAUCAUGUCUUAUGAAGGCACCAAUAGUAUCCCGUUUCAAUUUCCUUUCGUGCUUUUUGGUACCUGCUUGUUUGUUUCAGGGAUGAUGUUUGUUUGCGAUUAUUAUUUUUACUUUUGGCACUGUUUGGUUGUUAUGUCGCACAUUCGCAUGGGACUGCAUCUUUGCCUUUUGUGUUAUUUGAGAUUGAAACGUUGUGACUAUGAUUAGGUCUUGUUUUGUUUUAUUUUGGCAGGGUGCUCGCUUCCGACAAGAAGUUUAUGAAAAAAAUUUUAAAUUAAUUUAUUGUGAAAUUUAUGUUUCGUGUUUUAAAUGUGUUUCUUUUUGUUGGCGCAACCAAGCAAACUGGGGUGAUAGACUGAAUCACCAGACCCAUUCAUUAAGUCUUCAAAACUCGGGUAUAAGCAAGUAUUUCUACACUGACAUAUAUCUUAAGUAAUAAUUAUAUUAAUCAUUACAUAAGUAUGUAACUCUAAAACACUCUCUUGUGGAAUCUGAUGCGUUUAUGGGAAAACUAAGCUAUCCCUUAAUUAAUAUGAGUGAGGUGAAUUUUAACGCCAGCUUUCUAAUACCGUUACUAUGGUAAAAUUGAUCGAGUAGCGGGAUUAAAUCGAUUGGAUUUCUCUACUGGACCACGGCGUCAUUUGAUCGCGCUGAUUGGCUGGUUUGUUCACGUGACACUACGACACCCCUUAUUUGAACCCCGAGGAGCGUUUUGCUUGGUUGUCGUGAAGCAGGCGCUAAGUCUAUACCUGUGAUCAUUUUCGGUAAGAUGUAUGUACUUAAGUCACUUAAGUUGCUCGGUUCCUGUUUUAUAAAGUGUGUUUCUAGAUUUAUUUUUUUUUUUUUGUUUAAAACGAAGUGUCAUUUUGAUUUGCUAAUCUAACUCCUCCUCCGCUAGUUUUGAUUUGCCUACCAAGUUUAUUUUUGUUUUCUCUGCGAUGUUCGUUUGCUCUGUUUUGCAUAUCACGACGCCGAGUUUAUGUAUGCACCUUCGACAAUUGGACUUUGUUGGUAUGUAGGCAUCAUGUAGUUUUUGUCACCUUGCCGGUUUUGCUGUACUGCUUUCUUGAGGUUCGGGAUCUUUCACAGAUUGCGUUUGUUUGUAACCGUUAGCGUUUCGACUGAUGCCCUUUAAUGUUUAAUGUAUAUAUUUUCUGAUUUCAGUGUCGCACUUGUAAAUCAAUAUAUUGGUUAACCUUGCCUAUCUACCUGAACACAGUCGCGUCAUUUUUUUGGGCCGUCACCAGUAUUAUUAACGUUGGGGCUGUCGUUGGGAGUUACGUUCUGUGACGCUCAUGAACCACGCGCGAAUGAAACGCAAGUGUGGCGGACUACGCCUGUCACUUGUUUCUUCAAAACACAUGACACGAAGUUGACGAUUUUUUGUGUGUGUGUUUGGCGGGUUUUCUGCACAAAGCACUCUGACAACUUCCUCCAUUCUUCUAGAACAACUGUACGGGAAUGGGAAAAAAGGAAACUGUUGGGGAUGUACCGAGCACGUACUCAAACUGGUUCACUUUUAUUGUUAUCUCGUUGAGAGGAAAGGAGAAGGUAGCAUGGUACAGGCUGUUAAGUUUUGGGGUUGUUUUGUGUUCGUGGGGUUUGUUUGUUGUGUUUGAGAAUACCGAUUGAAGAUCCGUCGGGAGACGACGGAUGUUACGAGUGAUAUGUCUGGCGAAUUUAAGUACUAGUGAAAGCUUAAGUGUGAGUUUUUCGCGAUGCACCCGAUGAUCCAACGUCGAUCUCAAAGUUUGUUGGAAGUGAAGCUUACGGAGAAUUGAAAGUGGUUGGCGUGUUGGUGGCUGACGAUACAUUCCCUCGAGAAGAAACACGCUCGCAGUACCAUUGUGCUGUUUUUCGUCGGGGACAAAAUUGGCUGCCUUGUUUGAUUUGCGGAAUGUUUCCUUUACGAAUCUGCUUGCCAAUAUUUUUUUUUUCUUGCCUCUGUGAAGCGCCGACUGGUUUUGUUUGUUCUUUCUUGCUGUGCCUAACCCCUUGUUUGAAUCGUGCGUUGGAACAAUUUUGCCGAUUUGGGCUGUCGAUGCGUGCAUUGUUUCACCAUCUUCAAUAUGUUUUUUUUUCCUUCUCUCUUCAUCCUCCUCCUUCAUCACCCAAAACUUCCCAACCUCCAUUUCGUUCUGAUUUGUUUGUCUGAUUAUAUGUCCUACCGUUUGCUGCUGCUUUCAAAUAUAACGUUUUUCUUUCGGUUUACCUCGCUUUGUCGUUUUUAAUGUCCCCUGUCCUCGCCCGAUUUGCGACGUACUCAUUGUCAUCGACAUUCUGAUCCCCUUUCUCGCAUCACACCCUCCCCUCUUUAUUUCUCACUCUCCCUCCUUCGCGACGUUGGCGCCAUCUCCCGUAGACGGAGUCCAACAAGUUACGCAUCGAGGAAGCCAAUAAACGGGCCACCAAGCUGCUCAAAUGAAGGUCGAUCGAAGCACCGCAGCCGCUGCAAGUGCUGGGACCGGAAGCAGACGACGCCGCCGCCAUCUUUCCCUACGACGUCAGCGCCACCUGGCCAAUCGAAACGUAUUUGCGCAGGCGCAGUCGAACGAGUCGCGCAUCUCGGUGGCCAAUCAGCGCGCCACCAAGCUGCUCAAGGACUGAGCAGCGGGUGGUGGUUCCCGGUCCAUGGUGGGCGAAGAAGAGGGUCAAGAUGGCGUCGCUGUCGUCGUCGUCUCCUCGCAGUCGUCUGCUUGUUACGCGGUUUCGGUUUCGUUUCGGCACGGAUGCCGUCUGCUUCGGUUUACUCUUGUGGCUCCCCCGCGUCCCUUGGCGUUUGUGAAGAGUUUUCGCUUCCUGCUUUUAUUUUUUCUUUGUUUCUCUCUGAGGUUUCAGGUGUUGUUGUUGUGCAUCAACUGCGUCAAGUUUCAGGUGGACGCACAAAGCGUAGAUAUUGUCCCGAUUAACAACAACCGGAAGAGGUGCGAUCCCUGUAAUGGUGAAGGACGGUUUUUCCUCUAGCUGCGCCUAUCUUCCGGUUGAAUUGGUCGGGCUGUUUGCUGUUGCCAGGCGCUUCAUUCGAAUCGUUUUGUGCGCUACGGCCCUUGUAUACGUUACUAACUGGUAUGUGAUCAAAUCUUUUCGCGUCAGCUACGGACCACUGAUUUGGAUUUGAAUAUUGACUACCAAAAAAUAAACAAUUUAUUUGGGUCAAUUAGUCACCAAUUAUGUAUAUUAAAAAAAUUUCGAUCCGUCAAAAAUAAAUCUUGUUGGCACUACGUUUCUUGUUUUUAAUGCUCCGGCAAUAGUUCUGUUUUUCUUGUUUUUUUAUCCUCGUAAAAUUAUUUUUUUUUAUGCGCACAAUGUUUGUAUAUGUUAUUCGAAUCAAAAUCGUUCCUGCACAUAUCAGAACCGUGUGUUCGACCACCUGAUUGGUGUCUGCGUCACGCCUGGUCUACUGGUCGUUUUAAGCAAGCAUGUUAAACCUAAACUUUCGACAACAACAACAAAAAAGAAUUGUUCCUGAAGUUUUAGUCUUUUCAGUGUCCUUAUCGCGUUGAAUUGUGCAAUCUGACGGCCUGGUGGUACCAGUCUAAUAGUUGUACGAGUCCACUCGCAGAUAUGUGAAACGCCCCAUUAGAAGGGAUUGGAUUGUAGAGGCCUAACCUUCUAUACAGGGAUUGGGCGAUCACACACGGGCAACCAUGUCAGUCCUCAGCGUCGCCAACCGCCGGUUGUCGGUUCGCUGAGGAUGUGCGAUCAUUUGUCGAACCUAAGCUCCGACUGGUUUCGGCAAACCUUCGAGCUUCUUACAAAUCCGACGAAGUUCCUCUUGCACAGUGGGAACAGGUAUCGGCUCCGGGUUUUGUGAUCACGAAGAGUUUAUCCUGAGCUUCCGCUAGCUUAAGGUACGAAGAAAAAAAAGCGUUUCAUGUCUCUCAAGUAUUUUGAGUGCCACAAAGGUGUAUCUCUCAUAUCUGCGAGUGGAGUUAAGCAGCUAUAGCCUGAUCUGUAAAGUUUCCUCCGUUUCAGGCAAUGCGCGCGUCGCAGACCAGCAUGACUUGGCUUCGAAGAAGAAAAGUCUUCGUUUUAUUGCUUCAGCGGGGAAGGUAGCGGUCGUCUGUACGACGCUGUAAUCGGUCAAGCACAAAGUAAACAGAGAAAAGUUAAAAUGCAUUCUUACUUAAUUUUAAAGAAGAGAGAAUUUUCGAAAGUCUCUUAUUCGAACGUGUAGGGUGCAUUAUGUUUUUUCCAGUGCGGUAUCCAGUCCAUUGCUUUCUUUGUUUGAAACCACAUUGUUGGCAUCUCUUUAACAUAACACUUAUGGUAAUAACGAGCAACAUCACGGUUAAAGAAACGAGGUGGAAACUCUCGCCUCUGGAAUUGGGGCGAGUGUUUUCACUUCUUUUUACGACGGUGGUGGUGCGUGUUAUAAUGGCAAACAUGCUUAUCUGUACGGGCGAUAUGAGAAAUUGGGAUUAGUAGUAGCCAUGGUCGUGGCGCCCGCAUUGCCUGGAGACAGAGUCCGACACCUUUGAUUGUUUUGGUCCUUCGAAAUCAGGAAUACAUUUUGUAGUUGGUCGCCAGAAAGGGCCGAGAAAUUUUUUUAUAAGAAAACUCGUGCUCAAAGAAUGUUGUACAAUCCUUGUUUUGGGGUCUCAAAGCAGUACCCUUUGCCUGUUGAAGGAGCAAUUGAUGUGUUAAUAUUAAAUGACCACAACGAAAAAGAGAUGGCACUCUUUUCGCGAAAACUUUUUGGUGCCAUCUUUGUGUGGCUUAGCGCAACAACGGUUUGCUCUCACUUAUUUCAUUUCUGUGAUGGGACGAAAAAAAAAAUUUCUCGUGUUGUAAUUUUUUUAUUAUUCACUUUGAGCGGAUCGGGCUCUCACUAGCGCCUCCUUUCGUUCAAAUGCAAGUGCACUUACACGUUUGCGUUUCCGACGUUCCACGCUGUUGAGUUGUGCUUCCUCGCCGCUAGGGGGAUUCUCAUCGCAUCUAGUUUUCUGGUAGUUGGAUUUUGUGUUUGGCUUUUUGUGUUCUAGAGUUCCGCGCCGGUUUCGUUCCAGACGCUGACGGCUCACACUCGCGAGGUGCGCCUCCUUGAAAGAAGCCACCCGGCUCCCGACAGUGGGGGGCGCUCGCGUCGGGUAGUGGGCGUGGCCCACCGUGGCUACGCCCCUUCCGGCGCCAUGCGUGACGUUGCUGGGACGUUUGAACGCGCGAAGCCCUUACUGCCGGGGCCACGUCGGCCGUUCUUCAAGGGCGCGCGCCCGUGUCGAGGGUCCUCCAUGGUGCGUCUAGAAAAGACUGGGACCUCCGCGGUCUGCCGCAGUAUGUUUGAUGACCCGUGUCAUCCGGCGUCGAAUCACGGGGUGUAACACGCCUUGUGUGUGUUGACGUAGUUUUCUUACAAGGCAACUUUGGUGACGGCUAGCAAGAAAAAGUAACUGGUCAUGUGUCAAUAGGUGACUGUAGUUGCUUUCGUGUCUUUACCAACACCGUCUAGAGUCAAGGCCCGUGAACAGCGUUCUCGACCUUUAUGGAACGUCAUCAGCCUAGGAUGGCGCCAGUUCAUCACCUGGGCCUGACGCCGACGCCCAGUGUCGGCGUCGAAGGGCGCUCUGUCUCCUCUCGAUCUCACUGCGCAGGCUUCGAUUAUUCUAGGUGGUGUUGAUCCGACUGCCGCACUGCUGCGAAGCGGCUACGUCCCACAGCGUAUUCUCGAAUGUUGGUGACGUCACCCGACUCCGAUGUCAUGUGAGGGUGACGUCAGUGGCGGCCGCGGGGACACCUAGCCCCUUCGGGAUGCACCACGGGGGUCCCGCUAUUUUGACGCCGCUACCAUCCGGUGGCAUGUCGUCGAGACUCAACGAAAGAAGGAAAACUAAGAAAUAAAAGAAAAUACGAAGAAAGACAUCACGAAAGCGACAUUUUCCUACCGUGUACGACGAGGAGUGAGGAGCUGACGACUCGUCUGUGUCGUCAUCGUCGCACGUUUCGACGAGAAGAACGCGUUGUCCUCGCUGACGGUGAUCGCAUCUCGACUUCUGUUCUUUUGUAGACUCGUUCUUUUUGGUUUUGUUUUCUUCGAGCCCUGUGAUAACGUAAUGGAAGGAGAGCGACCAAUUCGGUUUCGAGAAGCCGUAACCGGUCCUCGAGCUUCGAAUGGGAAUGCGAUGGCCUAUAGUGAUCGAAAUAGUGAAUACCGCAGCCCCCUAUAGUGGGCAAGCGGGUUCUGGUAAACCUGCAAAGGUUUGUCGGCUGUCGUGCUUUGGCGAAUCACCCUCGUGGUCGUGUAUACCGGCACUAGGGUCGGUGUCUCGGUUGUUGUUUUUUGUUUUGUUUUUUUCCUCGUACACUUACGGAUCGAUGUUCUAGCUUAGCUUAGCUUUUUCUCCUGGUUGUGUAGACUUCGUGUUCGUCGAUCGACCCCGACCUUCCACACUACCUUUUCGACUUGUCGGUUGUUACGAAUUGCUUUGCUGAAUAACAAAACAAAGAAAUAAAGGAAAGGGGACGACAUUCCCUGAGCGCUCCGUUGUCCCAGGUCAGCUAACGAUGUUGAGGAAACAUAACGUGUGAAUAUUUCUGUGGUCUUCAUCCUAAGAGUUAUUUUUGGCCGCAAACGUUGUUUCUAAGAACAGAUUAGACUCGUUGGUAGAAGAAGCAGGAAAUAUUUAUACCGUUCAUACUCUCGAUUGUUUAAAGUACUCGUGCACAUCACGACAAUGGCAAUGGAAGCCACCUUAGACUGUAUAUUUGGUCGUUCCUAUCCGUUUAACUAACAAAGUAAGACUAACCUUCUGUGCUUACUGAUGAAGGCGUUACCUGAGCGAGUGUUUCAUGAAAAUCGUAGAAAGUACGCUUCGGUCAUAACCUCCGCGGAAGGGAAGGAAACUACUCGAGCGGUCGUCUUGUCAAUACAAUCGCAUCUCGCCCCCCUAACGCACAUCAUAUUAACCGACAUUAAUAUUCCUCACGCUGUUUCUCAUAAAGCUGUACUCAUUACACCAUUAUAGUUCUCGGUAUCUACAGACUGACGCGUCGCAGGACACAAGUUACGAGGAGUCUUAAGGUCGGUUCAGACACUUGCGUUUGAGUGCGUUUGACUGCGUUGCGUCGAGAACCGAAAGCGACUCACCGGCACAUCUGUGCUUCGUAUGAAGCGUGCAAUCCAAUUCAAAGAACCAUCUUAGCACGCGAUAUAAGUAGCAGGGAUGUCCUGGUUUCUCGCUGCCGCAACGCAGUCAAACGCAGUCAAACGCAACUGUCUGAACCAGGCUUUACUUUCUACGAACCGCCGUUGUUGACCGCCUACGCGCUUGGAGGAUAAGCUUCCUGAGAUAUACUAGGUGCUGUCGAUGGUUAUGUGUAGUUCCUUAUUAACCCGAAGACGUACUGCUACACGGAUGGAAAGACUUCUCUGGAAUACUACUCCAUAGUCCGUGACGUUGAAUAGAAUUUUCUUGUGGAAGUUUGAAGCUUGUUCGGAAGCUGAAGCUGUCGGGUUAGAGGGUGUCUUUUCUCGGCGUUGUUUCUGGUCUGUAGUACCUUGUUCCAUCGAUGUUGUGACAAACUUCGAGUGAGAUUUGAAAGGAAAAGAAAGGAGGAAAGGCAACAAAUGCAUUCCAUUCAUUGCGACAGGGUGAAGACGUGCGAAGUGAGCGAGAAAGAAAAAAGGAAAUGGUGUGAAUUAAGCUCGAUAAGCCUUUUCUUGCUGGGGUCAUUUCACAUUUUCUGUACAUAUAAAUAGCACGCGGUGUUUUAGGAUAUCGUUGGAAUAGCUGGAUUGUACUUUUUUUGUGUGUUUUCUCCCUUGCUUGCUGCGUUGGGAGAGUUUCAACCUUAGCUAACAUGGCAGUAUUGUUGUAUGAACUUUCUUUUUAUAGUUUUCUAUUAUUUUUUAUAUUACUUUUUUUCUCACGAUUUUAUUUGCGAGCAUCCAUGUAUCGCUGAAAAAUCGGUUCCGAAAUUAGAGAGUACUCUAUCGUGCGGCAAAUCACAAUCGCUCACGUUUCGACAUGUUGCCGAUAAUCGACGGCUACAAUAGCGUUUUUUUAUGUAUCUUUACAAAACGGUAAUUGUUUCCAGACGCACGGGACUGCUGUUCAUUUCACGAAAAAUGACUAGAAGCGACUAGCGCGUCCUGGAAAGGCUAGUAAAUGUUUUACGAAGGGCUAGUGUUCCGUAGAUUUGGGCAGAUUGAAUAUCGGCGUAAGAAUUGCACGACACAGUUUAUUGUAGAGAUAAUCAUUAAGGGAGGGAAAAUAAUUCUAUAAUCUCAGCUGAGCUUAUCGUCCCGAACCGGUUCGCCUGGUUCUAUCGCGCUCACUACUACAGACUGCAACUCGACUUAAUUGCCUGUAAUCCGGAGGAUUACGUUUACAUAAAAAUGCUCGCCAAAUGUUACGUUGUCGACUCUCCGAAAAAAAGAAAACGAUCGCGUUUCAUGUAUUUUGAUCCAGACUCGUGCGAAAAUAUCAUGGAAAGAAAAGCCUUCUGCAACGAUAAUGCAAACUUGUUUGUUUAUUACUGUUAUAUAUUUUGUAUCGAAAGUUACCAUUUCAUAUAUGUGUGACUACAUAUACGGCUUGACUCCCUGUAAAAGAACGGUUCAUUAGUGCACAUUUGUACAUAACGACGUAUAUACAUAUAUAUACCGACAAAAUAUGUAUACAGACAUAUAGAGAUCGCUUAUUUUUCCGCAAGUCGCUCCCAACUAUAAUCUUUUGAGUACUCGAGUUAAUGGUUCAUGGUAACUUGGAGAUUUUAGUCUUCGCUUCGACUUCUAUAGUAUGUGUGUAAUUCAGACCGUUUUAUUUUUCUAUUAUUUUUCAUUGAAACUUCGGUUGUGUUUAGAGGGUUGUCGCAAAUAAUUCUCGUUCUGUGUUAAUAGAGUCUGACGUGGAUUUUUCUCACAGCGUGUGUUUGUGUGUAAAGCUCUCUCUCUCUCUCUGCCUCUCGCUAUGUCUUGCAUAUAUCUUGUAAAUGGCACCUUUCUUUUUUCUCGUGAUCGCGUUAAUUAUUAUAGUUGGCAGACAAGUCCGCGGAUUCUCGAACUCUUUCUUCUUCGAGUUGUGUUUGUAAGAUAUCACCACUACAAGUGUGUGUUGGUUGCGCGCUUUUAAAAGCGUAAAUAAAUGAAAAAAAUGUUGGCAAAACGAA